AUGGACGAUUCCGUGGUGGAAGCACCAGUGUGCACCCCGUCAGAGGUACAACCAUCUUUGCAUGCACCAGACGCUGUACCUAUGGACGUUGAACAGCAGCUGAGCCAGCACCGCUCUUCCACCGCCGACAUGACGCCGCCCUCGGACUCCACAGGUACUCCACCGGACGCACACCAUUCACGCUCCUUUGCGUGCCAACCGGCGGGGGCGUGGCUCGAAGGCCCCACAGCUACCGCCCGCUAUAUAUACCGACGGCGAACCUGGCUGCGGCACCUGUUGCUCUCGCUGGACAACAACUCUCAUCACAACAUGUACAAGCUGGUGAUCCUGAUGUGCGCCGUGGCCGCCGCCCACGCCGGCUACCUGGGAGGCUACGCCGCCCCCGCCGUCGCCGUGGCCGCCCCCGCCGUCGCCGUGGCCCACGCCCCCGUGGCCGUGGCUCCCGCCGCCUCCUCGUACGCCAACACGUACCGUGUGUCGCAGACCGCCCGCCUCCUGGCCGCCCCCGCUGUCGCCGCCGCCCCUGUGGCCUACGCCGCCCCCGCCAUCCACGCCCCUCUGGCCUACGCCGCCCCUGCUGUCGCUGCUCCCCUGUUGAAGGUCCACUAGGACAUGUACCUGAAGCUAUGAACAGAGCUAUUUAUUGUCAAUAAAGGACAUAAAAAUA